AUGGCGGGCCCGUAUCUGUCGCCCCUCGGGCCCCAGGCCGAUCUGCUUACCGAGUACAUGUUCGGCCGUCGUCGUCAGGUCAGUAGACGCAAUCGGACCACGUUCACGCCGCAACAGCUUCAGGAAUUGGAAUCCCUUUUCCAGAAAACGCACUAUCCCGACGUUUUUCUCCGAGAGGAAGUCGCACUUCGGAUAUCACUCUCAGAAGCACGUGUUCAGGUGUGGUUUCAAAACAGACGGGCAAAGUGGAGAAAGCAAGCUCGGUUACAAUUGCUGCAGGACGCGUGGAGAAUGCGAUGCUUGGGUUUAGGGAGCGCCACGCCGCUGCUGCUCGGCCGACCACCCCCCGGCGGCCUCGAGAGAACCGCCGCCGAUGCGCCUUCCACUUCGCCGUCGUCCUCGUCGGCCCUCACGGGCUCGCCGAACGCGGCCGACAAGCUACCCGAGAUCGGCGGUCCCGUGUCGGUCUGCAGAGAUUUCAGAAUCCUGCCUCCGCCGCCACCCGGAUAUUCGAUACCUUGCGACAAAUCGCCCGAUAGGAUCAAGUGCCGUUGCGGAACGCCGCCCAGGAUCUGCGCGAGUCCGGUGGACCGCGGCGACGGCCUGGCGGCGAGGGAGCGGCCGCAGGAGGCAGAGAUGGAUCUCACCCUGAAGGGCCACCAUCCAGCAUCCGCCAGGCACUCGUUAUUCCAUCACUUGCCGAGCAACCACCAGCAGCAGGACAUCGCGCAGAGCAUGGAUGAACCCUUGGACGUCACUCUCAACAGCGGCAAGAACAACUGAGGGCCGGAUGAGCGAGGACGGUCCGCGAUCGGCCAAUCUUACUCGCGAAGACGUCCGACCCUUCGAAAUCUCUUGACUCUUAAGUGUAAUCACGGUGUAAUCACGUUUGACACGCGGGGUAGCGCGUAUCGUCGAACUCCGCAUUAUGUUCCGAAGAUAAGAUGAACGGGAAGAAAAGUGAAGAUGUAGGGGGAGGAGGGCGGCACGCGUGCAAAUACACAUGUAUCUUUUGCCUUUUUGAACCUUCGAAUGUGUGUUUAAAAUCUUUUUUUUUACUUCCGCCCUUUACCCGCGUUUAACAUUUUUUUCCCCCAUUCUUUCAGAAUUUGGUGAUAUAAUUUAAUUUUAAUAGCAUGCGUAUAAAAAUUCACGCACUUACGAAUAAAACGAUCGGCCUGAUCGCAAUCCUUAUCGCUACAUCGCGAAAGGAUAUACUUGGUGUUGACGCAUUACGUCGCGAUGUCGAUACCCAGUGAGAAAUGAUUCGUUGAAAAGAUGUCGAUUCGACAUUGUUUCGACAUCGA